AUGCCCGACAACAGCCCCAAAUCCCCAUACAAAGACGCGUCGACGUCAUCGGACACGGCAAAAGACCGGCUCGCCCAAGUCAGCUCCCACGUCGCUCCAAAUAAGCCCAGACGACGAAGGAAGAAGGGUCCAGACUCAGAUCUACCCGCUGAUUACUCAGAUAUACUCGGACAGAUUGCGACACUACGUAACAUCGCUGCCACACCAGAUACAAGUAACAGAGGUUAUGUUAGACAAAAGCAGUCAGGGAAGCUGUGGGUGCGGGAGAGGGUUGAGCAGUUGCUUGAUUCUGGGAGUUUCCAGGAGGUGGGUAGUGUAAGUGGGACUGUUAAGUGGAAGCGAUUGGGGCCGAUGAGGGAGGAACCGGAGGAUUUUGUGCCAUCGAACAACGUGCAAGGAUUUGGAAAACUUCGUGGGAGGAAGAUUGUUUUCACGGCUGAUGACUUUUCGAUACGCGCUGGACAUGCUGAUGGCGCAUUGAUGGAGAAAACUAUAUAUAUGGAGAAGCUGGCUAUCGCUCUUAAACUACCCAUAGUGAAACUUGUCGAUGGCUCAUCGGGUGGCGGCUCGGUCACGACGAUCCGCUCCACAGGCUUCUCAUAUAUCCCUCCAAUGCCGUCGUUCACCCAGGUUGUCCAACAACUAAACAUGGGCAUACCGAAUCUAGGCGCUGUGCUGGGGCCGGCAAUUGGCUUGGGAGCAGCGCGUGUCGUCGCAUGUCACUUUUCUGUCAUGGCUGAUGAUAUCGGUUCACUAUUCAAUGCUGGGCCUAGUGUGGUGAAGAAUGCAACGUUUGAAGAAGGUCUCUCGUUUACCGACCUCGGCGGCCCAGCCAUGCACUGUACAAAUGGCACCAUCGAUAACCUAGCACCCGAUGAGGCAGGCUGUUUCGAGCAGGUACGAACAGUACUAAGCUAUCUCCCCGACUGCGGGACAAAGCUACCUCCAACUAUCGACUGCACUGAUCCCAUCGACCGCACCUCAGAAACCCUCCGGUCAAUCAUACCGCGCUCUCAAAAGCGUAUGUAUAACCCCCGCACCAUAAUCACCGAAGUAGUCGACCUAGGCUCAUUCUUCGAAAUCGGCGCUCUCUGGGGUACAACCGCCAUCGUGGGCCUAGCCCGCUUCGCAGGCAAACCAGUCGGUAUCGUCUCCCUCAACUGCGAAGUCAACGCCGGCGCACUCGACGCACUAGGAUCUCAGAAGAUAACGCGGAUGCUAAAGUUUCUAGAUGUGUUCAACAUCCCACUCAUCCAAUUCGUAGAUAUACCAGGAUACGCUAUCGGCACCGUUGCAGAGCGCUCAGCAACAAUGCGGCAUGGCAUUACUCUGGCUAGCACAUACUACAGCACCACAAUUCCAAUCUUCAACGUCAUUGUGCGCCGUGUAUUUGGCGUCGCAGGUGGUAUCAUGUUAGACUGCCGCGACCCUCGUAUGCGCGUCGCUUGGCCGUCAGGUCAAUGGGGUUCCCUGCCACUGGAAGGUGGCAUUGAAGUCGCGCAUUCGUUUGAGCUAAAGCAGAUUGAGAAAAACGAAGGGAAACAGGCGCGGGAAACACGGUAUAGAGAGUUGGAGACGGAGUAUAAAAGAUUGAUGAACCCUGUGCGCACGGCGAAUGCGUUUGGGGUCGAGGAGAUUAUCGAUCCGGCGUUUACGCGACGCGUGUGCUGUGAGUGGAUAAGUCAUGCUUAUGAGAGUCUGCUGCCGGAAAGGGUGUUGGAGAGGGUUGCGGGGAAACUUCAGCCUUCUUUUGCGUAG